CUGUGCCCAAUUGUGUCGAAAAAACAUAAGAGAGACGGUUGGGGGACGGCGGCGCGAUCAGUUGGGCGGUGGUAGAAGGAAGAAUGCGACGCAAACGAGAAUCAUCAUCGGCUUCUUCAGCUUCAGGGUCUCUGGGUGACAUAUCAGAGGAGGCUGUGGCCAAACUCGUACGACGUGCAAGUAGAAGUGGGAAAAGGAGAUGUGAGACUGAACCUUGUUGCAGAGAUGCUUUGCGAAAGGUAUCAAAGGAUGUGAAAGGUGAUGGGGAAAUCAUUCAGUGCUCUUUUACAAAGAGCAGGGAAGGACUGAAUGACUCGGAUUGGGAAGAUGUCCCAGUUCCAGUUUCAAAUGCCAUGGGUGGUCAUGAAGUGACUAUUGAAAUAAAUGACACACCAGAUUUCAGAAGCCGGAAACAUAGUCGUUGGGCUUCGGUUGAGGAUAAGGAAGUGGCUGAACUUGUUCAUAAGGCUCAUUUACUAUGUUUAAUUGCACGGGGAAGAUUGAUUGACAGCGCUUGUGAUGACGCUCUUAUACAGGCUGCCUUACUAUCUCUUCUACCAGAACACUUGCUGCAUCUAUCCAAGGUUGCAAAACUUACUGCAAAGCAUUUGGUUCCCCUAGUAUGUUGGUUUCAAAAUAAUUUUCGUGUUAGAACUACAAGUGUGAGGAAAUCAUUCCAUUCGGCUCUUACCUUAGCCCUUGAAACUCGUGAAGGGACUCAAGAAGCGAUUGCUGCAUUGUCUGUGGCACUCUUCAGAGCUUUGAAUUUGACAACCCGGUUGGUGUCAAUUUUGAAUGUUGCCUCCUUAAAACCAGAGGCUGACAAGCCUGACUGUCCUAGUGAAGGUUCAAGCAGAUUGAGUAAGGGAAUAUUCAGCACUUCAACCCCAAUGGUGGCUAGAAGAACUAAGGUCCCUUUGUCUCCUGCUACAAAUAGUGAGAGAAAAUCUGUCGGUGAAACUCCUAAUAUGGGUUCAUCCAAAAGUAAGGACUGCCACCUUACCAGUAGCAAUGUCCAAAGGUCUUAUGCUUAUGAGUUGACAGAUAAAAUGUCAGAUAUUGUAGGUUGUGAGGAACAAAAUGAUACCUCUGAAGCAUUGCAGGAAUCAAAGAGAAAAGGGGAUCUUGAGUUUAAAUUGCAGAUGCAAAUGGCUCUUUCCACCACAGCAGUUCGGAGUGUGGAGAUAAAAAUAGUUUCAGAUAAUAAAGACUCAAAUAGUCAUGUUGCAAAAAGAUUGAAAAGUACUGUCUGUGAAGAACCACCAAUCUCCUCCCAGACUACCUAUAGUGCAGUUGGAUCAAGAAAAGAAGGAUCACCAUUGUUCUGGGCAGAAGUGUACUGCAUUGGGGAAAGCUCGACUGGAAAGUGGCUGCAUAUUGAUGCUAUCAAUGCAAUUAUUGAUGGAGAACAGAAGGUCGAAGCUGUAGCUGCUGCAUGCAAAACCCCUUUGAGAUAUGUAGUUGCAUUCGCUGGGAAUGGGGUCAAGGAUGUGACUUGCAGGUACUGUCUCAAGUGGUAUCAGAUAGCAGCUCAACGAGUAAAUCCACUUUGGUGGGAUCAGAUAUUGGCACCACUGAGAGAGUUGGAGGUGAGAGCAACAGGAGGCAUGGUCUAUCUGGAGAAUAAUCACACUGGUUCCUCAUCUGAACAUAUUAGAGAAAAUCUUUCGAACGUCUCUGGUAGUGCAGAAAUGAAUUAUCUUCCUAGAAAUGAUAUAUAUCUCUUUUCUCAUAUAAUUCUGACAAUUGCAUAGUUAUACGGUUUUUACAUUGUGCAAGAUCUGGACUUCCAUCUGCAGGCCUAUAAAAAUCAUCACCUUUAUGCUAUCGAAAAAUGGUUUACCAAGCAUCAGGUACUCCAUCCUAGAGGGCCAAUUCUGGGGUUUUGUUCCGGUCAUCCAGUUUACCCUAGGACAUGUGUGCAAACUCUAAAGUCAAAGCACAAAUGGCUAAGGGAGGGGCUGCAAGUUAAAUCAAAUGAGCAUCCUAUCAAGGAGUUGAAACGUUCUAUCAAGCUUCAAAAAGUUCUUGAAGAUGAUGAUUAUGUUGGGGGUAAUUCAAUUGGAACUAUUGAACUUUAUGGGAAGUGGCAACUGGAACCAUUGCAUCUGCUUCAUGCUAUUAAUGGAAUUGUGCGAAAGGCUUAUGCAGAGGAACGGGACAGAAGAGAGGCUGCAGAAAAGAAAAGAUAUGAAGCACAAGCUAUUUCACGGUGGUAUCAGCUUCUGUCUUCCAUUUUAACUCGGCAGAAGAUACAAAAUCGUUAUGGGGAGUCUUCAUCUAGAGCAUCAGCUGAGACUGAAAAUGCGAGUGUUAAACUUGAUGUACAGCCUGGUGGUGGUCAGAAUGCUGAGGAACCUCUUGGAUCCCUGCAAGGAGCCCUACAUGAAAAUACACUGGAUGAUCCCACCAUCGUGCUGGAAAACCAUGAGCAUGUAUUCUUGACAGAGAACCAAAGUUUUGAUGAAGACAACUUGGUAGUUACAAAAAGGUAUCUCUGUGGAUUUUCAGUGCAAGUGGAAGAACUAUAGCAUGGCCACUGAACUAAUAUUUCUCGGAGUUGGAAACCAUGGUUCUUGUUGCAAUCUAAGAAUGUUUCAGAAUUGCCAGAUGAGUGGGUUGCUAUAGUUCUCAACUCUUGUCAGGGGCUGACCUCACAACGAAGAACAAGCUACCAUGUGUUUUUGGCGUCCACUCUGACUUUAAUUAAGGCGAGCUAGAUGUGAACGAAAAGUAGUGUACAGAAAAUUUGAGGCCGUCCUUUUUCCCUAGAAAUGGUCAAGGACUAAAGGGUACGAUGUUUUUGUUUAAAUCUGGCCUUUGGUAUUGUUUUGAGUUGAUAUAUGACAGGAAAGUUGAAAGGGAAAGAGGAAAUGAAGAUGUGAAUAGUUGUGUCCUUUUCCGAGUCAUGGA